AUGUUAGAAAAAAAGUUUGCUGACAUUGACAAGAAAUUUGAGAAUGUUUUGAAGAAGAACAAGAGGAAGUUAGAAAAUGCUCAGAUAAAACCUAUACAUGACAAGUUCUUAUUUGCUCAGAAUGGUAUAACAGGUCUAAUUGCACCACCUGGGUCGGGUAAGACUUUCACUUAUCUUAAAAUGGCUGCACAACAACAAGAACUAGAUGAGAAGAACCCAUUCUAUGAGUUAGUAGUCAUUUGUAGUACUUCUGGUCAAUUUGACCAAACCGUAAAUUCGUUCAAAGAUAUUAUAAAAAAGUCUAAGUUAGUAUGUAUAAAAGACUCUGAGUUGUUAGAUUGGAUAAAGAAGUACCAAAGAAGAGUUUUGAAGUACAAUGCUAUAAAUGAGUAUGUCAAUUCGAAGUUUAAAGACCCAAAUGA